AUGUGCGGUCACAUCAUCCGUGGCCGCUUCACCCCCCGCUGCGCCGAAUGCGGCAUUGACGUCGCAACCGCCUGGCCUCCUCAGGUCCGCAUCCCGGUCCUGGUCCUCAUCACCCUGGCCUUCAUGAGGAUGCAUCCUGCCAUUGCCAACUCUGUCAAACGAGCGAUCUGGAUGCUUGUCAAGCCACUUGCCCUCCUCAUCGGCUGGUUCUCUGUUGUUGUCGUUCGCUUCCUGAUAUUCCUUUUCAUCGACGGCCCCAAGAUGAUGACCAUCCUCCUCACUCCUGACAACCGAGAGGACAUUGGCUUCAUCGGUACCGACGCCGAGAACAAUACCAAGCUCAACGCCAUCUGGAGCCGCCUCCACAACGCCAACGAACAGCCUGCCCCCGGCGGCGUCUUCGACAAGAAGUACAAGCCGUUCCUCCCUUCUUGCAACAUGAAGCUGGCUGGCUCCCGUCAGCAGAAGGCUCUCACUCGCAACCGCGGCCUCUCUUGCUAA